AUGGCCUCGCUGCUGCUUCCCUGUGGCAUUUUUGUUUUUGCUUCUGCUGCUUUCUACGGGCUUUUUGCUGCUUCAUUUUUCUUCUUUUGUCAAAAAAGAAAACUGAAAUGCGCAGGGAGAUCAAGAUGCAUGCGCAGCGAGCUUCGCUCCAGGGGUGAACUGCUGCUGCUGCUGCUGCUGCUGCUGCUGCUGCUGCUGCUUGUGGUGUGCGCACAGUUAGUUUGUGCCGCCAAGGGCCUGCUUUUGACGGAAAAGGACAAGGAAGUGCAGCAGCAGCUCCGCUGCUGCUGCAUGCACGAUGACGCAGAGCUUUGCGUCUCUGACGGCUUCGACUUGGAGGACCUCCAGGCCUGCUGCAGCAGCAGCGACAGCAGCAGCAGCAGCGACACCAGCAGCGGCGACAGCGGCUGCAGCAGGCAGCAGCAGCAGGCAGUCCUGCUCUCCGAGGAUGAGCUAGGACUCCGGACAACGGAGCAGCAGCAGCAGCAGCAGCAGCAGCAGCAGAAGCAGCUGCUCGAAGACACACAGAAGCAGCAACUUCGGCGUAAGUUGCUGCAGCGCCGCAAGCUCAGGCUGCAGGGUGUAUGUACACUUGAAUGUGCUGCGUGUGCAACUGCUGUGUUUGCUGCAGCUGCUGUGUCAGCUGCUGCUGUUUCUUUGGAGCUGGCAGCAGCUGUUGAAGAAGCCCUUGAGCAGCAGAAGAUGCAAGAAGCAGCAGCAGCAGCAGCAGCAGCAUCAACGGACUGCGCAGAGGCCGCAGCAGCAGAUGCCGCAGCAGCCGAGACAGCAGCAGCAGCGCCUGCUGCUGCCCCGGCUGCUGCUUCUAGCUUCGAAGGCGAAGUCCCGAAGCACAGAGCAGCAGCAGCAGCAGCAGCAGCAGCAGCAAACGGAGCAGAAACGGCAGAGGAUGCAGAAGCAGCAGACACAGACACAAGAAGACCGGAUCCUGCGUUGCUGCUGCCCCGCAACUUGAGGUGUACAGACACUGCAAGAGGGCGCCGCGUUGCUUCUUGUGAACCCCCAGGUGCAGCAGCAGCAGCAGCAGCUGCUGCUGCUGCAGGAACGAGAAGCCACAGUUCCUCUCCCGUCAGGUGCACGGACUUUGCUGCUGCUGCUGCUGCAGUUGCAGCAAGGCAAGCCCGGCUCAGCAGCGAGUGGCCGAGCAGCAGCAGCAGCAACCGGAGCAGCAGGAGCAGCAAGAGCAGCAGCAGAAGCAGCAAAAGUAAAAGCGACCGACUGUCACUUUCUGUCUGCUCAUUAGAAAACAAAAACAAAAAGAUUUUGGACCCCCCCAGGGGGCCCCUCAAGGGGCCCCCCAGGGGGGCCCCCAAGGGGGGCCCCCAGCUGUCCCCUGGCAGCAAAACAGAGCCAUUUAGAGACAGGACAGAAGAUGCUUUGGAUUUGCUGCUGGGGCUGCCGAGGCCCCGGAGAGACAAGGAUGCAGCAGCAGCAGCAGCAGCAGCUGCUGCUGUUGCUGCCGAAGCCUCAGCAGCAGAAACUCUGGAGAUUGUGGAGCAAAGGGCGGGGCUCUUCUGGGACAGCGCCAUUCACCAGCAGCAGCAGCAGCAGCAGCAGCAGCAGCAGCAGCAAAUAGGAGAAGCAGAAGCAUCUUUCUGGACCCGCUCAAUCCCCACUUCUUGUUCAGAGGAGGGCCCCACAGACUCUGGGGGCCCCCAAGGGGACUCUGUAGAUCCCCUCAGGGGCUUUCGGGACUCUUUUGCGGCAGUAGCGCCGCCAGAGGGGCCCCCAGGGGCCCCCCAGGGGCCCUCAGGGGCCCCAGGGGGGCCCCCGGGGGCCGGGGGGCCCCCGGGGGCCCCCCUGGAGUCUCCAGGGGCCCCCCGGGGGCCCUCGGGGGCCCCCCUGGGGUCUCCAGGGGCCCCCCAGGGGCCCCCAGGGGCCCCCAAGAGGGAAUCUCACCCAGAUGGGGGCCCUCCAGGAGCGUCGUCUGCAGACACUAAAGAUAUUGUCUUUUUAUAG